AUGGCUCUUGGUGGGCCAGGGGUCAUCAUGCCGAUCACUCUCCUGUGGGCGGUGGAUGUCUAUGGCAGGGUGUACAGUUUGUCCACGGCCGGCGAGCGCUGGGAGCGUGCGGAUGACCUGCUGCUGGAGCUCAAGCGCGUCUCUGCAGGAAAAGGCAGAUGUUGGGGCAUCGGCUGUGACCACCAUGUUUACCUCAAUAUAUUGCCCAGCGAAACCCCCAUCCGCUACAGAGAGGAGACUUAUGAAAACCAGAGGUGGAACCCUGUGGAUGGCUUCACAGAUGUGCUGUUGCCCACUGACCGCUGGCCUUGGAGUGAUGUCACAGGCUUGAACCAGCAACCUCUUCACAGCUUCCAGCUCCCGUCCCGUAGCUGGGAGUGGGAGGGGGACUGGUACGUGGAUCAGAGCUGCAGUGGUGAACCCAGUGAGACUGGGAGCUGGGAGUAUGCAGUGGAUUUUCCAGCCAACUUCUCCCCAGAUAAAAAAUGGAAUUCUUGUGUCCGGCGUAGACGCUGGAUACGUUAUAGAAGAUACAUUGCACCGGGAAGCUGGGCAAAGAUUCCUUUGGAAAACUCAAGAAAGUCUCCACUCCCACUUUGUGACAUCAGCUGUGGCGGCUGGGAGAUGAGUGACCAAUCUGGGAGGUACCCAUACCUCUGGGGAGUAUCACAGCAGGGCCAGGUGUGGUUCAGGGAGGGUAUUCAUCCUCGCGUCCCAGAGGGCAGCAGCUGGGAGGAGGUGGAGGUCCCAAAGGAGGUGGCUCAGUUAUCAGCCGGCCCUGGAGACCUGCUCUGGGCCGUGCUCUGGGAUGGAAACCUCCUGGUCCGGAUUGGCCUCAGCUUGGACUGUCCAACUGGCACAUCAUGGACUGAAGUCGAAUCACCAGGAAAAGAAGUAGAAGCCUUGUAUGUUUCAGUGGGAGUCAGUGUUGUGUGGGUGGUCACCAAAGACUACAAGGUGUGGUUCAGACGAGGGGUGAACUCCCAUAAUCCUUGUGGGUCAGGCUGGAUCAGCAUUGGAGGAGAAAUGAUGAUGGUGGAUGUUGGCCUCAAUGACCAGGUGUGGGCAGUGGGUGAAGACAGAGGUCUGUAUUUUCGGAUGGGUGUCACGCAACUUGAGCCCAGUGGGAACGGAUGGAUCCCGAUUUCGACCCAAUGGGGAAGUAAAAAAGGAGCUGUUUCACGAAGGGAUACGGACCCUUAA